AUGGCUUCUCAGGCAAAUGAUAGUUUACCUGUUUUACGAGACUAUAAUGCUAUUAUUGAUAAUGCAUUAGCAUCAUUUACAACAAUUUCACGUAAAAUUGGUGGUGAUUUACCAGCUAUGAUUGAUCAUGUUGCACGUCUAUUUAAUGCCCAACGACAAUUUAUACAAAAAGCAAUACAAAGUAAAAAACCAACAAAGGAUGAAGAAAUACACGGAUUAAUCAAACCACAAUCAACAGAAAUCGAGGCUAUUUGUGCCUAUACAAAUAAUCACCGUAAAUCACCUUUAUUCAAUCAUUUAUCAGCUAUAUCAGAAGGUAUUCCCGCAUUAGGAUGGGUACUUGUUUCACCAACACCUGCACCCUAUGUUAAAGAAAUGUCCGAUGCAGCACAAUUUUAUGCUAAUCGAGUUUUAAAAGAAUUCAAAGAAAAAGAUCCUACUCAUGUUGAAUGGGUUAAACAAUGGAUAAAAGUUUUAAGUGAUUUACAUGCUUACGUCAAACAAUAUCAUACAACAGGUUUAACUUGGAGUACUUCUCAAACUCAUACUGGUGGUGCAGCUCCACCUCCUCCUCCACCACCUCCACCGGCUACACUAUUAACAUCAACAACACAGAGUGACGAUGGACAAUCACGAAAUGAAUUGAUGAGUACGAUCAAUGCUUUAGGUACAGGUGCAGCAUCAAUUUUAAAAAAAGUACCUGAUGAACUUAAACUUCAUAAAAAUCCUCAAUUACGAGAACAAUCAACAAAUCAACCAGUUGAAAAAUCAAAUAAAUCUCAUACAACAACUUCAAAUACUUCAUCAACAUUAACAACUGGUCCACCUAAAUUAGCACUUGAAGGUAAUAAAUGGGUUGUUGAAUAUCAUUCAGGUCGAUCCGAUCUUAAAAUUACCGAUACAAAUAUGAAACAAACAAUUUAUGUGUAUAAAUGUUCGAAUUCAACAAUAACAGUUCAAGGUAAAGUUAAUUCAAUUGUACUCGAUCAAUGUACAAAAGUUGGUAUACAAUUUACAUCUGUUGUAUCAUUGGUUGAAUUUAUCAAUUGUCGUUCAAUGAAAAUACAAGUCAUAGAACAUGUACCAACAAUUCAAAUUGAAAAAACUGAUGGUUGUCAUGUAUAUUUAUCUAAAACAUCACUUCAUACAGAAUUUAUUACAUCAAAAUCCUCAGAAAUGACAGUCAAUGUUCCAUUUGGUGAUGGUGAAUAUAAAGAACAUCCAAUACCAGAACAAUUUAAAACACAUUUAAAAGAUGGUAAACAACUGAUUACUGUACCAAAUGAAUCAGCUGGUGUUUAA